AUGGUUGGCAUGGACGAGAAGGACACCUACGUCGGAGAUGAAGCUCAGGCCAAGCGUGGUAUCCUCACCCUCAAAUACCCCAUCGAGCACGGUAUUGUCACCAACUGGGAAGACAUGGAGAAGAUCUGGCAUCACACCUUCUACAACGAGCUUCGCAUAGCCCCCGAAGAGCACCCUGUUCUUUUGACUGAGGCCCCUAUGAACCCCAAGGCAAACCGUGAGAAGAUGACGACCAUCAUGUUCGAGACCCACAACGUACCUGCCAUGUACGUCGCUAUCCAGGCCGUUCUUUCCCUGUACUCUUCUGGUCGUACCACUGGUAUUGUGCUCGACUCCGGUGACGGUGUCACACACACGGUCCCCAUCUACGAAGGUUACGCUCUCCCCCAUGCUAUUAUGCGUUUGGAUUUGGCCGGACGUGACCUUACUGAGUUCAUGCAGAAGAUUUUGGCCGAGCGUGGAUUUGCCUUCACUACCACCGCUGAAAAGGAAAUUGUGCGUGACAUCAAGGAGAAGCUUUGCUACAUUGCCCUUGACUUCGAGGAGGAAAUGAACUCCGCGGCUUCAUCGAGCGAGAUUGAGAAGUCGUACGAACUUCCUGACGGCAACAUCAUCACUGUCGGAAACGAGCGUUUCAGGUGCCCUGAGGUCCUCUUCCAGCCUUCUUUCAUCGGCCAGGAGGCCGCCGGUAUUCACACCACAACCUUCAACUCCAUUGCCCGCUGUGACGUCGACAUCCGCAAGGACCUAUACGCCAACGUCGUUCUUUCCGGAGGUACCACCAUGUACGAGGGUAUUGGUCAGCGUAUGACGAAGGAGUUGAACGCACUUGUUCCCAGCACCAUGAAAAUCAAGGUCGUAGCACCACCGGAGAGAAAAUACUCCGUGUGGAUCGGUGGAUCCAUCCUUUCCUCCCUUUCCACCUUCCAGCAGAUGUGGAUCACCAAGGAGGAGUUCGACGAGUCCGGACCUAACAUUGUCCACAGGAAGUGCUUCUAA